CAUUUCAAAACAUUUAAUACGUGAACUUUAAACAGACCUUUACUGUAGCACCUACGUAACCAUCUAACUCGGUCGAGAUAAGAUAAGCUUUAUUGUUUAAACUGAAAGGACGGGAAAAAAGGGAAUCACAGUUAGGAUUAAAGCUUCAAAUAUGGAGAAAGGAUCACCGUACCCGCAACAGCAGCCACCACCCCAACAGUACAAUCAACCUCCACCAGCCUAUGCACCGCCUGGUCAGCAGUCUCAAGCCACAGUCGUGGUUACACAGCAGCCAAAUGUUUUGCUCCGGCAGAACUUUCGUGAGGUACCAGUGCGUGUGACUUGUCCAUCAUGUAGCGCUGAUAUCAUGACCGCAACGCAAUUUGAAAUCGGAAUGCUGACCUGGUUAGCGGCUGGUAUGAUAUGCCUGUUCGGGUUAUGGCUUGGAUGUUGUCUGAUUCCAUUUUGUUUAGACGCCUGUAAAGAUGUCGUCCACACAUGUCCAAAUUGUAACCACGUGGUUGGAAAGUAUAGCAAAUUGUCAUGAGACAUACAAAGUUCAAAUAACGGUGUUGGAGGUUCAAUACCUUGUCAUUACAUAUCACAUAUAUAUAACUUUAUGUAAAUAUUUAUUUUGUAGCCCUCCUCAAGUGUGUAUUGACCAUGACCAUUAACACUUUAAGAAAGUGUUAGAAAGGCUUUUAACCCAUGGUCUUCCAUGGAUUUUUUUAUAUUGUGUAUAUACUAUAUAUAACAUGGAAUGUAACGUUUAUAUAAGUUGCUUAAUGUUAUUCUCAGUUCUCUUUUAUAUGAGAGGGUGGUAUAUAGAGAGAGAAUUAAGCCGGAAUGUUGAAUAAAACAUAUCACAUCAGUUAAGAAUAUUUGAUUGGUAGGUAUUUGCCGAACAGACCCUUUUGUGGUUAAUUUUCAAACAUUCCGAGAACUUCUACAAUUAAUAUUUUUAUUUUCUCGUAAAUGUUUUUAUGAAAAUUUCUCUAUUUGUUCUUUCAAAUCGACGUGUUCAAAUCAUGAAAUAUAUUUUCAUUCUCAUUUCUUAAAUGAUUUCGAUACAAACUCGUAAUAUGAUAAUGUGCAUGUGAAAUGUAAGAACUUUGCUGCCCUUUUUUAAAACUUAUUUACAUUUUUGUAUACAACUGUAUCCUAUAUUAUGUGUUGCAAGUAUUUCUUUUUUUUAUCUUGAGUGGGAAAACAUAUUUCAUUUCAGCUCUAACCAGGCCAGAGCAUUCAUUUUCACCCUCCUGAAAAAUCAAACGAAAGUCCUGUAUGUGCCUUACCCAAUUAAACAUGAUUUAUUUUUACAAAAUUGUAUGUUCAGAUUUGUAUUUAAAAAUUCAAGUGUUAAAUAACAAUGGAUGUUUUUUUAUAUAUAUAUUAUCAGGCUUAUGCUUGUAUUAUUUGUUCUAGAGGCAUUAUAAAUGGAAAUAAAAAAUCAUUGACAGAA